CCUGGAAAAUUAUAGCAAGUAAAUGUGUUUUUGGAAAGUUUUGGACUAUCAGGUUUGGUCCCGAGGAUAGGGAGGGAGUGACACCUCAUAUUAAACAUUUGUAUGCGUUUUCUUUAUUAUGAUAACUUGUUGUCGUGGGUGCAAUUAGCCGGAGCUAUAUUAUACGUCAUGUUGCUCUGGGGACCCCACUGGACGCCCCCCUCACGGCCCCUGGAGGUCCCCGGACACCGGUUUUAGAGCCCAGCAAAGUGUAGUUUAGGUAGGCUUGUUUUCUCAAACGAUCUUCGCGGAUCCGCCCAGGAAGUGGCAGACAGAGCAGCAGCGAGCAAAGACACACAGCCGAGGGGCAGAAGUGUAACGUUAGCUUACCACGACUUGUCAGAAAGUUGUAAAAAAGUAUUACUUCUAAACACGUACAGCUUGUUCGUAUUCUAGUCGGGUGGAUGUACUUUCCCCUUAAGGCUGCAUUAGUAAAUCUACUGUGGACGUUGGGGGUGCGCUUGAUUAAGUUAACGUGGGUAUGAAUGGCGGGGUUUUGUCAGAUUUCGCGUAACGCCAGGGUCCUGCGAGAAAGUUAAGUUUUUUUUUUUUUAAUUUAGAGCGUUUAGCUAAGCUGAGUUAGUGAACUUGACAGCAAAAAGGGGGUUUAUCUGCGUGGGGGUAACGCUACCUUUCCUUUGUCUUUAUUUUAACCUCUCUGGAUCCUGUUAUCAUGACGCCUGACCUCCUGAACUUCAAAAAGGGAUGGAUGUCCAAACUGGACAAUAGCGGAGAGUGGAAGAAGCAUUGGUUUGUUCUGACCGAUGCUGGACUGAAGUACUACAGAGACUCCAGUGCAGAGGAGAAAGAUGACUUGGACGGAGAGAUUGACCUAAAAUCCUGUGUGAAGGUGUGUGAGUUCGAUGUGGAGAAGAACUAUGGGUUUCAGGUACAGACGCAGGAGGCCGCGCACACGCUGUCUGCCAUGACAGCUGGGAUCAGGCGGAAUUGGAUCGAGGUUUUAAAGAAGUGUAUCCGGCCCAGCAGCUCUCCGGACCUCACACAAUUACCUGAUGGCAGCAGUGACAAGGAAAACUCCAAUUCUCGCUUCCCGCUGUCUUCCCGUCGGCCAUCGUCGCGUCACGUCGACGUUCAGUCGGAAACUCCGACCCCGGCGUCUUCUGCUCAUCGUAGGUUUGACUAUGUGGAGCUGUCCCCGGUUCCUGCCUCGUCCAGCCCUCUCCCAGCCAGUCAGAGAGAAGCAGCGGAGGGCCAGGGUAGGGAGCACAGCCAAUGGCAGGAGGAGAGGAACACGAGCAGCCAGUGGGAGGCUGUGCUGUCCAGGAAGGGCACUGGCGGGGGAUCCAACCAAAGGCUACGCACGGAGGAAGAAAUAGAGAGAAAGUGGGCUGAGUUUGAACGCUUGCCUUUAAAGGAGAUGAGCUCCUUACCACCGAUGGGAUCGCGGCCUUCCGGCCAGUCAGCCAAUGAGGCGCUGCAGAGGGAGGUAGUGGCGUCACUGAGGCAGCAGCUGGAGCAACUACGAGGAGUAGGGGGGGGAGGGAGGUGGGGAGGAGGCGUGAGAGGCGGCUGUGGCCCCGAGGCCCCCUGCGGCCGCAGCCUGGCAGCCAUGGAGCGUGCCCAUCGACAGGCGCUGGACGAGCUGCAGAGGCAGCACGACCGGCAGACCAAGGAGCUGGAGACGGAGAGGGACAGGCUGCUGCUGGAGGAGACCAAGGACACCGCCCGAGUAAUGGAGGCUUUGAAGAAAAAACACAAAGAUGAGCUGGAGAGAGAGGUGGAGAGAGUCAAAAGGCUCAGCAGUGGGGGGCUAGAUUCACAGACUGUGCGAGCCCAUCAGCAGGCAGAAACACAGGCUUUGCAGAGAGAGCUGGCCGGACUGUCUGAGCGCUACUCUCAGAAGUGUCUGGAGCUAAACCGAGCUGAGCAGAACAACGCUGAGCGAGAGAGGGAGAUCAGCCGCAAGGAGAGAGACAUGGAGCAGCUGAGGAAAGAGAACCAGGACAUAAAGGCCCGUUUGACGGAGGAGAUGAGUCGGACACAAUCUACCAACACGUAUCACGGCUCAGAGCACAACAAAGACAGGACGCCCUGUGAACUAGAGGUUCUUCUCAGGGUAAAAGAAAACGAGAUUGAGUACUUACACAAGGAGAUCAGCUGUCUGAGGAACGAGCUGCAGUUUCUUAACACGGAGAACCGGCUGGCCUGUGAACGAUACACGCAGGUGCAGGAGGAGCUGAGUGGCCUGAAGGGCCGGAGCGAGCGAGAGAUCCAGAGUCUCAAGGAGCACUUGAAGCUGGCCAUGGCCGCUCUGCAGGAGGGGCAGAAGCUGGGUAACAGCCUGGACCACUGAGAGUCUGCUGCUGGUACUGACGCUCUGGCAGACACAGUGACAGGUGUGUCUGCACCAUGGUGACUGAAUCAAAGAGGCAUACACAAAAGCAGAGGAGAUGAUUGUUCAGUUCCGGCUGUGUGGGGACCAUGAUAGUGCCUUUAGUCUUCAGUCAUUCUGCCAAUGAGCAGUAUAGAGUAGCUAUUAGCCGGUUUUAUUACACUGGGCCACACAUGAUAUAUAAAACUGCACUUUUAUUAUUAUUUUUAUUUUAGCUUUUGCUUGCUUUGAGUGCAAGCCGUGUAUGAGUGCGCAUUUGGUCUGAAAACUGGAAUAUUUGUUGAGUGACAUGGUUUUCUCUUUAAUCAUGUAUUGUAAAUAAAGAGUUCAUACUGUGUCAGCUUUUCUUAUUGGAUAAUUUUCUCAUUAUCUGUCUUCUGCCUGAGACGACAGGGGUCAACGCAGUUACAUAAGAGCUACUGUCAUCUCAGUUUUCUAUGUUGUACAGCUUUUGAGUCAUGUUUACUCUGUGAAAAUGGGCAGACAUUUUUUUUUUUUUUUUUUUUUUUUUUUUAGAAAUGGGAGCUUAUCAUUUGCUGUAAUAUUAUUUUUUACCUGGAAAGUGUGCUUAUGUAGUAUUGUAUUUGUGAAUAUAAAAUUCUGAAAAUCUAUUUUGGGAUUAUUACAGGACAUAACAGCAAACGUUUCUAAUUCCUGGCAGGCUGAAUUAAAAGUUGAUCUGUGAUUGCAUAGAAGCAAAAUCAGGCUCAACUUUCUUUGCGGAUGUUUGUAAAAGCUGUUGAAUGAAUGUUGUCCCACGUCACAGAUAUCUCUUCGUAAACCAUGGCUGAGAAGCAGGAGCUCUCAAGCUUCCAGUCUCCCCUGAUCAUUGUUGGCAUUUUUAACAAGUGACAGGUGUUGCAUCAAUGAGCCAAUUUUUUUUUUUUUAUUGACCGUAUGAAUUGUGAUAAAAUGACCUAAUCUACCUGCCUUUUGAAACUAUUUUCAUAUUUAAAGUACUGUAGAGCCCAUAUCUUUGUAAAUUAUACACAUUUUUGCAAUCAAUAAAAUAAGUUCAAAAGAAA